CGACACAAACCACGCAAAAAAGAUGUCUUUCCAAGAACAAGGCCAUGCAUUACCCCAAUCCCAUGACACGACACCCAUUCUUAAUUCAAGCCUAUGCCCUUACACCCCGUUGCUCGAAUCCGCCGACGCCAACGCCGCCGCUGAUGCCCCACUCCGGCAGCGUCGCCGGCGGAGGACCUCCUCCGUGGUCCUCCUCCUGCUGACGGGGCUAUUGGGUGGCGCCAUAUUUGUGGCGGUGGUGUUGCUAAAAAAUGGGAAUAAUGAGCCGAACGAAGAAAUGGCGGUGCCAUUGGUGAAUGCGGUCCCGGUGGGUCGUGGCGUGGCGGAAGGAGUCUCGUCGAAAUCGUUCCGCCCGUUGCUCAGAGCGCCUGUUUUUGCAUGGACCGCCAAAAUGCUGGCUUGGCACCGAACCGCUUUUCAUUUCCAGCCAAGAAAAAAUUGGAUGAAUGAUCCUAAUGGUCCAUUGAUAUACAAGGGAUGGUACCAUUUCUUCUACCAAUACAAUCCAUACGGUGCCGUAUGGGGCAACAUCGUGUGGGGCCACGCAGUUUCAAAGGACCUGAUCCACUGGCGCCACCUCCCCAUCGCUAUGGUUCCCGAUAAUUGGUACGAUAUCAACGGUGUAUGGACCGGCUCAGCCACCAUUCUAGAAGACGGCCAAUUAAUCAUGCUCUACACCGGUUCCACCAACGAAUCGGUCCAGGUCCAAAACCUAGCAUACCCAUCCGACCUGUCGGACCCGCUCCUCGUCGAUUGGGUCAAGUACCCCGGCAACCCGGUACUGGGCCCGCCACCCGGCAUCGCCCCCCAGGAUUUCCGUGACCCCACCACCGCAUGGCUGACACCCGAGGGCAAGUGGCGUUUCACCAUUGGCUCGCAAAUCAACAAGACGGGCAUUUCGUUGGUGUACGACACUAAGGAUUUCAAGACGUUUGAACUCCUUAACGGGGCGCUCCAUCGGGUUGCGGGUACGGGUAUGUGGGAGUGCGUUGAUUUCUACCCGGUUUCCAAGGUUGUCGAGAACGGGCUGGACACGUCGGAUAACGGGCCGGAGGUGAAGCACAUUGUCAAGACCAGCCUUGACGAUGAUCGAAAUGACUAUUAUGCCAUUGGGACCUACGACGGUGAAUCGGGGAGCUGGAUACCUGAUGAUCCAACCAUUGAUGUGGGGAUUGGAUUGAGAUACGAUUACGGUUAUUUCUACGCUUCCAAAUCAUUUUAUGAUCAAGAAAAGAAGAGAAGGGUUUUGUGGGGUUGGAUUAAAGAGACUGACAACGAAAAAACUGAUAUACAAAAGGGUUGGGCAUCCGUUCAGGCUAUUCCGAGGACGAUAGUGUUCGACAAGAAAACAGGUAGCAACAUAGUACAAUGGCCAGUGGAGGAAAUAAAGAGAUUGAGAAUGAAUAAGAAUGUUUUCGAAAAGGUGGAGGCUAAACCUGGUUCCAUUGUCUACAUUGAUGUGCCUUCUGCUUCUCAGGUAGACAUUGUUGUGGAAUUUGAAUUGGAUGAAGAGGCCUUGAAGAGUAUAAACGGAACCGAUGACGACGAGGCCUAUAGUUGCAUGACAAGCGGCGGUGCUGCCGAGAGAGGCGCACUAGGACCCUUCGGGUUAUUGAUUCACACGCACAAGAGCCUAACAGAGCAAACUCCGGUUUAUUUCUACAUUUCAAAGGACACUCAAGGCAAUUUCAAGACUUUCUUUUGUGCUGAUCAUUCCAGGUCAUCUGAAGCAAGUGAAGUGGACAAAGCAAUCUACGGUAGCACAGUGCCGGUACUGAAAGGCGAAAAGCUAUCAAUGAGAAUACUUGUGGAUCACUCGAUAGUGGAGAGCUUUGCACAGGGGGGAAGAACAUGCAUAACAUCACGGAUAUAUCCAACGAAAGCAAUAUACGAAGAUGGACACAUCUUCUUGUUCAACAAUGCUACCGAUGCGGCCAUCACCGCUUCCCUUCAGAUAUGGCAAAUGUCUUCUGCUUAUGCACACUCUUAACUCCUUAGUUAAUUUCCUUAUAUAUAUAAUUAGUCUAAUUAAUGUUGGAUUUUGAUCAAGACCUUUUUCUAGUUUGAAGAUUUAUUUUACAUUCUUUUUGUAC